AUGAAUAAAAUUCCCAUUUUAUUCACGUGUGUUGUCUCAUAUUCAUUCGUCAUCCGGGAUACGAGGAUUAAACCUCGUAUUCCCUAUAAUAAGGACGAGGACGAUGUCGCCAUUGUGUACAUUAAGAGGGAGCCGGAGGAGAUCAUCCGCAAGCUGCUGGUACGCGUCGUGGUGGGGAAGCAUGUGCAGUAUGCGGCGCGUGGAGCCGUUCAGGAUCUGCUGCCGGAUGCUGCUUAUUUCCAGCAUGGACUGACUCCGGUGGGCAACGAAUAUACGGUGGUGGUGCCGGACGGUGUGGACCCGCUGGCGGCUCAUUCCGUCCUGCUGACCGCGCUUACUCCCGGAGUACCCCUCAACUGGAAGGCAACGGCCAAGGGCUUGACGGUGGAGCAGCUGCGGAAAGCGGCGGCGCACUUCAAUAUCAGCGUCGAAAAGCUGGGGCUACCACCGCCUAAGCCCAGCAGUAGUGGGCAACGCGCUAACAUAAACCCUGCACCGGGACCGUCGAGCGCUCCGUCCGGACAGGCUGGCAGUGCUAGAGCCAUAGAUAACCAGGACGACGUCGAGAUCUUCGAAGACGAAGAUUCUUCUGUUGAUUCGGAUUCGGACUCAGCAGACGAAGAUUGGUCAGGUUGCUCGGAGUCCGAAGAUGGUGAUGCAGAUCCUCCGGAUCCGAAUGGCGUCCCUACAAAAUCGUAUGAGGAGAUGCAGGAUACAUUCCGGUCCUAUUCCAACACGCCCGAAUUUUUGAACCUGCCUUUCAAACAGCUGUUAACGCUGAUUGGGAAAGGUUUCUUGGCAGUGCGGUCCGAAAAGGAUGUCUAUCAGGCAGUGAUGAAGUGGUGCAAUUACCAGCGCAAAUCGCGCUGUAAGGAACGCAUUCUGGCACCAUUAUUAGCCGAGAUUCGCUGGGAUCUGUUAAUUGAUACUCUGGAGCAGAAAAUUUCAACGGCAAAAGAUCCGACACUCAAGAUACUGUCUGAUAUAAAGAAAGUUGUUAAGCCGACAUGGCGCCGGAUCACGGCUGAACCACGACAACGCCAUUUCACUGAAACUGUGUACACAUUCCACGCUGACCGACAUCAGGUUAGCCUACGUCGCUUCGACUGGCGGAACAACACCCUGUCCGCCACCAUUUCGCUGAAAGGUGUUCCCGCAUCAUCGACGUGGAAGGAAUUCGGUCCGGUGGUCGACAAUAAAUUGUCUUUCCGGGUGCAGCGCGGUGCCAAAUUGCAGACCUUUCAGUAUUGUCCGGUUUCGAAGAAAGUUCGCCUUUUGUACGAUGAACCACUGGCAACGGGUAGAGUCGGCCCGACAGCGUAUUUAAACGGACUACUGCACCGCUGGGAUUUUAAGAACGAGGAUUAUGAUAACAAUUCUACCUACGAUCCGGUUUCCAAAGAAACUGUGGAAGAUCUCCAACCUCCUUAUGAGCUGAGGAAAGAGGCGGCAUUCGACUGCUUCGACGAUAAGUUGUAUUACUGCGGCGGGAUGCCCAUAUUCGGACAGCGUCGUCAUUCAGCUGUAUCGAUGGUAGAAAUGUACGAUGCCGAGCCCGACAACCAGUAUUGGACCUCUUUACCCAGUAUGCGUUUCGCACGCCGCUGUUUCGCAGUCAAGGUCUUCAAUGGAUACCUGUACGCGACGGGAGGCGCGUGUAAUUCCGGGGAAACCUUCCACCAAGGUAUCAUGCACACGUGUGAACGACUGCAGCUGGACAAUCCGGAGGCGGAAUGGGAACGCAUAGCGGAUUUAGAGGAGGCCCGAUACAACCAUGCUAUGUUUGUUGUUAAUGGCCGGCUGUACGUCUGUGGAGGAAGUGUAUGGUACGGGACGCAAAGUACCACCAUGGAGAGAUACGAUGCCGAAAAGAAUCAGUGGGAUCGCUUCUUUGAUACGGAACAAAACCUGUUUGGAGCCAUUUCUCACUGCGCCACGCUAACUCAGUGCUACAAAGGCUGAACACUGCUCACCAGUUCGGCUGUCGUGCCGAAAUUUGAUUGAGAGGAUGAUGCAUCCAUUUGGGCUGGAGUUGGAAAAUUGCCGUUCAUUAGUUUCGUUUGGAACAUGGUUAUUCGCUCACAUUUUUAUAAAUGGUCUUUGACAUCAACCAGACUCGGAAUUGAUUAGCGCAUUUAAUUCUUCUGUAUCUUUGUUUGUACAUGGCAUUGGUCUGUGUGGACGGAAUGGUACGUAGUCGAAUGUUAGUUGUUAAAUUUGUAAUGGCGCUGUUUUAGUUUCGUAACACUUGCUCUG